AUGGCUCCUAACACCAUAUAUAUUAUCACUGGAGCCAGUAGAGGCAUUGGCCUGGGUCUCGCGUUGGCAUAUGUUGCCCGUCCCUCCACCACUGUCAUCGGCAUCGUUCGUAACGAAUCUAGCGCUUCUGCACUUCUGGAAGCUAUGAACCAGUCUCCCAGGGGAACGAAUAGCGUGCUUCGGAUUGCCCAACUUGAUUUCUCUAUGAGACUCACGCCACAAACCAUUCGCGAACGUAUCAAUAUGGCCGCGGGCGAUUUAAACCAUGUCAACACGGUGAUAUGUGCUGCUGGCCAUGUCACCGCUAUAAUGCCGACUGUUGAAAUGACCGCCGACCAUCUGCGGGAGUGCUUUGAGAUUAACACCAUUGGGCCUUUGAUGGUCCUCCAAGCCGUCCGAGACCUACUGGAGAAGGGAAAUGGCGCAACAGGGCUACCGCCAAAGUUCAUCGUUCUCUCCUCAUCUGUCGGAUCCAUUGGGCAAAUGGAACCUUUUCCUGGUGGUGCAUAUGGUCCAAGCAAAGCUGCAGUCAAUUAUAUUGCGAAGUCAAUUCAUCUCCAGAUGGCCCAGAGUGGACUUGUUAGCGUAGCGCUUCACCCAGGAUGGGUACAGACGAAGAUGGGCGACUUUAUGGCGAAAGCAUGGAACUAUGCUGGCGGGCCCCCUGACACUCUCGAGGAAAGUGUUAAAGGCAUUAUUACAAUCGUUGAUGAGGCCACCCGUGUUAGAUAUUCUGGGAAGUUUAUAGCUCAGACUGGAGUGGAGAUUCCGUGGUAG